AUGAUAUCAGGGCAAGAGAAUGAAAACUACAUUUUUCUAUCUCCUUUUUUUGUUUCUUCUUUUUCUUUCUUAUUUAUAGAAGCCUCCAUUUCUCUUUCUUCUUUUUAUCUUUUUUGCCUCUUUCUUUAUUUCUUAUUUAUAAAACUUUCUAUUUUUAUUUCUCAUUUUUGCCUUUUCCUACUUUUUCUUUUUAAUUCAACUAUACAUUUUUCAUUGUCUUUUUGUUUUUUCUUUUUCUUCCUUAUUUAUAAAAUUUUUCAUUUUUCUUUAUCUUUUUUCUUUUUCUUUCUUUUUCUUCUUAUUCUGUUUUGUAAAACAUACAUUUUUCCUUCUCUUUUUGUCUUUUUUGUUUCUACCUUAUUUAUAAAACUUUCCAUUUUUCUUUCUAUUUUUCAUCUUUUUUUCCUCUUAUUCCUUCCUCUUUUUAUUUUUAUUUCUUCCUCUUUUUAUUUUAGUUUUCCUUUUUGUCUUUUUCUUCUUUUUUCUAUUUCUUCCAUUUUCAUUUUAUUUUUUAUCUUUUUUAUUUCUUUCUUUUUUUUUUUAGAUCUCUCCAUUUCUCUUUUUCCUUCUCUAUUCAUGUUAUACUGCUGUAGCUACUUUAGCUUGUUUUUCUUCUUUUUAUCUUUUUUCUCUCUCAAUCUUUUUCUCUUUUACUUUUUAUGUUUCUUUUUUCCUCUCUAUUUCUAUCAUCUUCUUCUUCACCCAUUAUUAUCUCCAGCCAUUUUGGUUAUAUUGUGA